AUGAACCGCGCCGUCGGCCUGGGCCUGCGGGCUCUCCAGAUCCUCAUCGGCGCCACAAUUCUGGGUAUCGCCGCGUCCCUGAUCGCGAACCAGGUUGUCGGCGACUCGCCCGUCACCACGCGCUACGCUACCUUCACGGGCGGCUUCGGCAUGAUGGUCGGCCUGGUGGGCGUCGCGUCGCUGCUGGCGUCCUUCAUCCCCGAGGUGGUGCCGCUCGCGCUGGACGGCCUCGCCGCGCUGCUGUUCCUCGCCGGCGGUAUCGCCUGGGCAGUCGGCCUCCGCAACCUCGACAACUGCAACAACUACCAAAACAUGCUCCAGAACGGCCUGCUGAACGAGGGCACGCUCGACGUGGACGGCCAGACGCUCUACGGCGUGAUCACCCCCGGCCACGAGGACGAGGCGCCGGGCAAGCUGCGCGGCAACUGCCAGCGCGCGACGGCCGACGAGGCGCUGCAGUUCAUCUCGUUCGGGCUCGCGCUGGCCCUGGUCGGGUUCGGCUUCUUGCAGGUGCGCCGCGGCGGGAAGGGAGGAGGGGUCGGGGUUUACGUCGCUUGA